AUGGAUUCCUGCAAAAUGAUUCGCACGAUUCCUGUUCCAGCAGAGGGAAAAAUUGCAUGGCCAUUGGCAUUUACAGCAAAUGGCGGUGUUCAUUUCACAAUGAGAUACGAAAAUUGGCAACACAGAAAGUUAGAGUUGUACGAUCCUAAAUUGGAGCAAGUUACGGAUACUGGAAUAAAACUUGGCACCUAUGGCAGAACCAGAAGGAGGAUCUAUGGUUACAGUGAGAGUCUAAUUUUACUCAACUGA